AUGGCAGUCGAUUUCUCGAAGUCACAUAAGGCGCCCAUGCUUCUCAUCGAUCUCUCGGAGGACGUCAUGUUCGCCUUAUGGAAGUUCUGCGGCACCUGCGGCAACAAGACCAUGGCCCAGCCUGCCCUCAAGAUGCUUCAGCCGAUACCACUCGUCCACUCUGCUCUAGCAGUCAAGGAGGAAGACAAGAUGUCUGCAGCACAGUGA